UUUUUCACCUUUUUGAUGUUUUAAUUUUUAUAAUUGAAUAUUGUCUUUAUAAAACUACUUUCAGGGUCUAUUUUAAAGUUACUUCGAAAAUAAGGUAUAUCACCUUAUUUUUGUACAUUAAAAUGCGUUCCUGUGCUGUGUACCUAUUUUUUAUUAUUGCUUCAGUGUUAGCUCUUCAAGACGUUGACCGGAUAAAAAGUAUGGGAGAUAUUCUAUGUCGCAAUUGUGGUGCUGAUAUUGCCUCCAAUCGCUCAAUCAUUUCAAAGUCGAGCCCUAAAUGUAGAUAUUCGUUCAGCGAUACUUUAUUUUUCAAAGAAGAAGUCCUGGUGCAGGUGUUUACUACCGAAGUAUUUCUCAGUUAUCCUGUGAUAUCAUUCACAUAUUCAUCUUGUAUUCCCACAGGGGAGUGGGAAGAAAGUACGUCUUGGUUUCCUGGUUAUGUUUGGAAGCCAUGCAUAUGCCCAGAUUGUGGGGCAUAUAUUGGAUUUGUCUUUCAACCCAUCAAUCCUGAUUUGGUAGAGCCACCCAAAACAUUUUAUGGUCUUAUCCUGACACAUCUUAUAAGUGAAGACUUUCUUAAUUCCUUGACUGAAUACCCAGGAAGCAUAUCAAACUAAAGAUGGCUGAUACAUUAUCAGCUGAAGAUAAGGAGUUUUUAGCUAAAUGCGAGGAAGAACUGAAGGACAGAUUUACUGAGAAAGAUGAAGAUUUUAUGAAAGUUUUUAAUGAAGUGGUCUCUAAGCCUCCAGUGGUAGACUCCUGGUGGGUUCCCAAUUCUGGUCGUCGUAACGAUCGCCGCAAUAACCGGAGGAACCACCCGUACCAACGUGACAACAGAGACAGGAACUACGACCGCCGGGACAAUAGAGGCUACAACGACUACAACAGAGGAUACAACGACUACAAUAGAGGAUACGACGACAGCGGAUCAGGAUACCGCGCACGGCAACGCUAUCCAUACUGAAAGUGCAUUUUAAAUGAAAUGUUUAUUCUUGUUUUGAUAAAAAAUAAAACAAUAUCUUUCUCAAAAGAA